UUCUAAUAUCAAUUGUCGAGAGAACAAUGAGGAUUUCAUAAAAAGUAAAUUGAGAAAGUGUCAACAUUUAUAGCGUACAGCUACMAUCGGAUGAAACUACAGGGAUCCCAUAUCGAUAACAGUCGUGUGACAUUGAUGAGACGGCGAGCCGUGGUUGUUGAGAAUGGCGUCGAGUGUUACUUGCAUUAAGUMCUUUCUUAUGGCAAGCUAUAUGUUGGUAGUGUGUGGUGAUUUACCAGUUGUUUUGAACACUUGGRCGUUUAAAGUAGCAUCGGAUAAAGCCUAUGAAGUGAUGGAGGCAGGACAGUCUUCGCUUGAUGCAGUUGUUAAAGGAAURACAGUGUGCGAGUUGAAGCCUUGUGCAAAGAAUCCACUGAACCCUAAUGUGGGUUUUGGAGGAAAACCAAAUGAAGAAGGAGAAACGACUCAAGAUGCCAUGAUAAUGGACGGUGUUACUCAUGCAAGUGCUGCUGUUGGGUGUAUAAAAAGAAUCAAAAACGCAAUUGGUGUAGCAAGAGCAGUCAUGAAGUACACCAAGCAUUCUCUGUUGGUCGGUCAGGAUGCCACAAACUUUGCGAAACGCGUGGGAUUUCCUGAGGAGGAUUUGCAUACUAACAAUUCCAGGAAGACUUGGAAUGAUUGGAAAAACAAAAAAUGUCAACCAAAUUUUUGGAAACCGAUUGUUUCUGGUGCAAAUAACAGCUGUGGACCUUACAAUUUUCCAUCUCGAGCUAAAAGGCAAACCCUCUCAAGCAAGCUUAGAAUCGAUGACAACAACCAUGACACAAUCGGAAUGGUUGCAGUUGAUGCUAAUGGUAAUGUUGCAAGUGGAACUUCUACAAACGGUCUUGSUUUUAAAAUCGCAGGACGAGUUGGCGAUUCACCAAUAGCUGGAGCUGGUUCAUAUGCUGAUAAUGACGUAGGAGCAGCAGCAGCAACAGGAAAUGGUGACGUCAUGACCAGAUUUCUACCAACAUAUCAAGCAGUGGAGUUCAUGAGACAAGGAUACUCCCCUGAGCAGGCUUCACAGUUGGCUCUUUUGCGAAUUGUUAAACACUAUAAAGACUUUAUAGGCGCUUUAAUCGCUGUUAACAAAAAGGGAGAGUACGGUGGUGCAACUUACAAUUACAACCAGUUCAUUUAUUCUGUACGUACUCCAAGACUCGGAGAGUCGAAGUUAAUCAAGGUUGCUCCACUGGACCCUACCAAAGUCAUCAAAGAACGACCCUGCAGAGCAAGCAAUGGUACUAGGAUCUCGUUCCUUCCAUGGACGUUAUUACCACUAUUUUUUUAUAUGGUUCUUUGAGAUUUGUAUAACUGCUCACUGCAAUGGUCAAGGCCAUGGUUGGAAGUUGACGCAUUUUUUCCUUUUAAAACAGUUAUAGUUCACUUAG